AUGUUUUCGUUAGGAUCCUCGGUUUUCAGGACCAUUUAUGGACCAAUAGCAAUUGCAAGAUGUUAUGCUGGUCAUUCACAGGCUGUGCUGUCUCGAUUUUCGUCGACGGUCUCGAAAUCAGACAUUGGCUUUGCUUUCGAUAUUGAUGGAGUGCUCAUCAAGGGAUCCAAGCCAAUUCCAGAAGCAACAGAGGCAUUGUCAUACUUAUCGGUCAAUAAGAUUCCCUUUGUUCUCCUUACUAACGGAGGAGGGAUUCUAGAAUCGGAAAGAGUGACAUAUCUCAAUAAACUCCUUCAAUUGCAGGAUCAUCCAAUAAACACCAACCAAAUCAUCCAGUCGCAUACUCCUCUCCGAACUCUCAUUGCAAAGCAUCACAGAGUUCUUGUUGUAGGAGGACCGGGAGAUAGAUCCCGGGAAGUUGCCAAGCAUUACGGGUUCAAGCAGGUACUUAGACCUAUAGACAUUAUUCGGUCGAAUCCUAGUAUUUGUCCACAUCACCGUUAUACAGAGAGGGAGAUUAAAGAGUGGGGUCUUCCACCGGAAGAAUCGAAGGUCAGUGUGGGUAAUGCUAAUUGUAACGAACCAAUAGACUCCAUUAUGAUAUUCAAUGAUCCUAGAGAGAUGUUCUCUGAUUUGCAGAUUAUGCUCGAUUUACUAAACUCCGAGUACGGACUGUUAGGAACAAAACGAUUGGCCAAUAGAUCAAAGCCUUCCAUUCCUAUCAUCUUCUCCAAUAAUGAUUUCUAUUGGGCUAACGACUUUCCUCUACCUAGAUUAGGUCAGGGGGCUGUCAAGUUGGCCGUGGAGUCGUUGUACUCAAAGAUGAACGAUGGAAUGCCAUUACAAUCUCUUACUUUGGGUAAGCCAUAUAAAGUUUCUUACGAUUACGCUUAUCAUAUUUUGAUUGAUUGGAGAGAAAAGUUACUUAGUGGAAAUACAGAUUCUGACGUUUGUCUUCCUGAGCUCAACGAUCCACCGAUCAAGAGUCCCUUCAAGCAUGUGUAUAUGGUGGGAGAUAAUCCGGAGAGUGAUAUUCUUGGAGGAAAUGAUUACGGUUGGAAUACUAUCUUGGUAAGAACGGGAGUAUACAAGGACGGAGACUUUGUGACGAAUCCAGCACUUCCUCAGCCAAACUUUGGUAUAGUGGACAACGUAAAAGAAGCUGUAAAGAUCGCUCUAGAAAAGAAUGGAUUGUACUAA